AUGAAUGAACAUGUAAUAAACAAAAGCGGUAAUAAGCACUGUUUCUUGUGCGGAGGAAAGAACCCCAGCUGGGGAUGCCUGCCUUUUGCGGUGCUGGCAUGCACAAAGUGCGCUGGCGGAAUGCGGGAGCUGGGGACAGGCGUGUGCACGGUGAAGUCACUAUUAUUAGACUCUGUGGACAGCGAGUUUCUUCGCCCUUUUAUGACGGGGAGUAACGCUGUCUUCCUGGACUGGUACGGAGAAAGGAGCAAGGAGGAGCUUUCGCCCUCGUUUUUCAAAAGCCCCCUUGCAAAGGAGUACGUGGAGGCUCUCCAGCGCGGAGACGUGAGGGAAAAAGCUGCCACCAGCGCCCCAGUGAUCACGCCUGGUGCAGGCAGUUCCUGCCCCUCCAGCAGAGCCCAGAAAAAGUCGAAGCUGCGCUUUGCCUCCGCCAACGAAAGCGAGCCCGUGGAGGAGGCGCCUGCAAAGGAGGAGACGCCUGCCGAGAGGGAGGUGUGCAAGAAAAAGUCCGCGAUCAGGAGAGUGCCUGGGAGAAUUGUGUCCAGCGGGGCCGAGGGGGCCGACCGCCUGGGGAUGUUCAGAAAUGUAGAAAGUGCAAAAAGCGAGGCGAGCGAAGGAAAGUCCCCAGAAAUCACACCCAGCAAGUAUGCAGGCGAGCGAAGCACGCGCGUCUUCUCGGGCGGGGCGCAGCAUAGCUCAGAGCCGGCGGAAAUUGUAAGAGGAAAGAACUUUAUUGGAAGCACGCCUGCACAAAAAGAGUCAGUUUCUGACAGACUAAAGAAAAGCCUGGAAAAAGGAAAAAAAACACUUUUAAACACGUUUAAGAAAUAA